AACGAAGGCCGUCGAGAUAGUACUGUUGUGAUGCCAGUGCCUCAAAUGAAUGGAUCAAGUCGUCGAGGUUCAGGCCUAGGCAGUGGCUUGAUGAUGGCUCCGGCAGCCAGCGGACGUAUGGCGGACAUGGGAAGACCCCAGUCAAUGUCAAGUAUGGCAGGCGAUCGCCGAGACGUCUCACCGUCGAGGAGGACUCUCGACUACAACAACCGUCAACACUCGCAUCGAGGUGGAGGUAGUGCAAUGGAUCGACCGUUGAGGCAACAACUAUCAUCAGAUCGAGGCGAUCGUCUUGGCGAUGCUGACAGGAUUCCACCGCCGGAAGACGACCGUCGUCGAAUGAGCGCAUCAUCGGCAUCGAAGAAUCUGGACGAACGACGUUAUCGAAGCGAUGCUGCUUCGUCGUCGUUUGACACAAGGGAUCGUGAUACACGCAGGUACCCGGAUGAGGAAAGGCGAGAUGAUCGUUAUCGUGAGCCAUCACCACGAUCGUCGAUGAGUCGAAGGGAGGAUAUCGAUGAUAGGCAAGUCUUUUUUGUAUAUUCGGAUCGAGACUAUGAAGAUCGCAUGGAUAGAAGGCGAAAUACUUCGGCCGAACGGGCGGAUCGCCACGAUAGAGGUGCUCGUUCGUCGACAGCCGUCAGGUCCUCAUCAAGGUCUGGUGAACUGCGACGUUCUCGUUCCAUUCGUGAAUCUGAUCAAAGACGAUUUGAGGAGCGUGUUCAUGCUGUGCCUCCGUCUACGACGUUACCUGCAAGUACUAUGCAUACGAAUCGCUUGAAAAAGUCGAGAUUAGCGAGGCAACACCGUUCAAUGUCAUCGUCUGAAGACGAGAUGCCAUCGACUUCAGAUGGCCAUAGCGGUGAGGAGUUGGUUCCAAGAGCCGAUGUUGGAAUAAGCUCAGAGAAGGAUAUAUUGCGCUAUAUAUACGGGUCUACGAAACUGCGCAACGGCAGAAAAGCUUUUAGUGUUAAUGAUUUGCCAACUUCAAAAGAGCAAGAAUUGCUGAAACAACGUGCGAUUUGCAUUCGGCAACUGAACGAACGUUCAACUGAAUUCUUUCUAAUUGGUGAAUUUAACUAA